AUGGACACUGACUCGGCUUUUGUAGAUGCGGCCGAUGCGGAAAGACAUUAUCCUGUGAAGCUAACUGGAUCCAGCCCGCUAAAACCCGCCGAACUCCAAGUCCUCCGAGCACAGUACGAAAAAGAAGGCGAAUAUGUUGGCGUUCAAACCAAAUUCAAUUACGCAUGGGGCUUAAUCAAAUCCAACAUCCGCGUGGAGCAGCAGGAAGGCGUCCGGUUACUGUCAGAGAUUUUCCGCACGGCCCCCGAACGGAGACGCGAGUGCCUUUACUACCUUGCUCUUGGGAACUAUAAGCUCGGCAACUACGGCGAAGCACGAAGGUACAACGAUCUCCUGCUCGAGCACGAGCCCCAGAACCUCCAGGCGGCGAGCCUGCGAUCACUCGUGGACGACAAAGUCGCGAAAGAAGGACUCGUGGGUGUUGCGAUCUUGGGCGGUGUGGCCCUUGCGGCGGGGCUGGUUGGCGGGCUUAUCAUGAAGGGGACGAAGAGACGAUAG